UCCAACAACUUCCCUCUCUUUGCUCUAACGCUCCCUCUCUAUUAGUUUCUCAUUCAUAUAUUUUUGACUUUUUCUCUCUCAAUUUCUUCAAUCUCACUUUCCCUUAAUAUCAAGAAAAUAAACAUGUAAUUGUAUUCAUAAUCCUAAACGAUGGAUGAACAUUUGGAAGAAGAUGACAGGACAGUUCUUGCAGGUCUAACUGACGCGCCACCGCAUAAGAAAGCGUAUUCAUACAGCCAGCAGUUGAGAACCGAAUCAAGCACCAGCUAUAAGCGCCACCAGAUACGCAAACACAGCCUUGAUGAAACUGAAAUUUUGAGCAGCCAACCCAGCAAUGAUUAUUCUUCUGAUGAAGAAGAUUUUUAUCCAUAUUCUACUACUACCAGCAUUAACACCACCGCCAGUGGUGGUGGUUGCGGCAGCUGCAGAAUGGGAAUUGCAAGCGGAUCGAUGAGCGAUCACCACGAGGAUUACCACCUUAAUUUGAGCCAGAAAAUUAAUGAUUUGGGAUUGGGAGAUGGUGGUGCAUUGGAUGAAUCUCGUGAUCUUCCCCAGCUGCCAUUGCCGGAGUUUAUGGCGGCUGGUGGUGGAGUUGGGAUGUUUAAGGUGCCCAUCAGGGCGGCGGUGCACCCUGCGCGGCCGUCCUGUCUUGAGCUUAGGCCUCACCCUCUAAGAGAAACACAGGGUGGAAAGUUUUUGAGGACGAUAGUUUGUACUGAAACUCAAUUGUGGGCAGGACAAGAAUCCGGAGUUAGAGUGUGGAAUUUAUCAGAUGCAUACUUACCUGGGACUGGGAUAGGGGGAAGGGCUCGAAGAGGGGACGAGGAUGCUGCUCCAUUUCACGAAGCAGUCAAUACAUCACCAACUAUAUGUAUGAAGGUUGAUCUCGGGAGUAAGUUAAUUUGGAGCGGUCACAAGGAUGGUAAGAUAAGGUCCUGGAAAAUGGACCAAAAUUAUUCGAUCGAUGCUCCUUUCAAGGAAGGCCUCUCUUGGCAGGCACAUCGAGGUCCAGUACUUUCCUUGGCAGUUUCUUCUUAUGGUGAUCUAUGGACAGGUUCUGAGGGUGGAUUUAUAAAGGUCUGGCCGUGGGAAUCUAUUGAAAAAUCUCUAUCGCUAUCAGCAGAGGAAAGACGCAUGGCUGCUUUAUUGGUGGAGCGGUCAUCCAUUGAUCUCAGAAGCCAAGUUACUGUUAAUGGUGUUUGUAAUAUUUCAUCUUCGGAUGUUAAGUGUCUCUUGUCUGAUAAUGUCAGAGCCAAAAUCUGGGCAGCUGGAUCUUUAUCCUUCUCAUUAUGGGAUGCUCGUACAAGGGAACUUCUGAAAGUAUUUAAUAUGGAUGGACAGAUAGAGAACCGUGUUGACAUGUCAUCAGUUCAAGAACAAGCAGUUGACGAUGAGAUGAAUGUUAAGUUUGUUGCCAAAUCCAAAAAGGAGAAAUCCCAAAGUAGUUUUCUGCAGCGGUCACGAAAUGCUAUAAUGGGUGCUGCAGAUGCUGUCCGUCGAGUUGCAACAAGGGGCGCGGGGGCUUUCGUUGAAGAUACUAAAAGAACAGAAGCAAUAGUGCUUGCUGAAGAUGGAAUGAUUUGGUGUGGAUGCUCAAAUGGACUUUUAGUCCAAUGGGAUGGAAACGGAAAUCGCUUGCAAGAAAUGAAUCGUCUUUCCAAUAGCGUUCUAUGUUUUUGCACUCAUGGGUCGAGAAUAUGGGUUGGCUAUGCAAGUGGCAUGGUUCAAGUCUUGGAUAUCGAAGGAAAUUUAAUUGCCGGUUGGGUUGCUCACAAUGGCCCUGUUAUAAAAUUAGUAAUUGGAAAUGGUUACAUUUUCAGCUUGGCAUCUCAUGGCGGUAUACGUGGUUGGAAUAUCUCUUCUCCCGGACCUAUUGAUAGCAUUUUAGGUCCUGCAUUAGCCGAGAAAAAAGACACGUACAUGAGAUUUAAGAACAUCAAAAUUUUAGUAGGCACAUGGAAUGUUGGUCAAGGAAGAGCCACUCAUGAUGCUCUUAUGUCAUGGUUAGGUUCUGCUGUAAAAGAUGUUGACAUUGUUGUUGUUGGGUUACAAGAAGUGGAAAUGGGUGCAGGCUUCCUUGCAAUGUCUGCAGCAAAAGAAACUGUAGGACUUGAAGGAAGUUCUGUCGGGCAAUGGUGGCAGGACCAUAUUGGCAAGGCUUUGGAUGAAGGGUCGACUUUUGAGCGCACAGGGUCCAGGCAACUUGCUGCCUUACUCAUAGCUAUCUGGGUGAGAAAGGCUCUUAGAACACACGUAGGAGACCUCGAUGUUGGAGCAGUUGCAUGUGGUUUAGGACGUGCAAUUGGUAAUAAGGGUGGUGUAGGUUUGAGGUUGAGAGUAUAUGAUCGGAUAAUGUGUUUCGUAAAUUGCCACUUUGCUGCACAUUUGGAAGCCGUUAAUCGCAGGAAUGCGGAUUUUAAUCAUAUAUUUCGAACAAUGACUUUCACUCGCUCGACUAACCUCCUUCAAGGUGCUGCUGGUAUGCUGCCAUACCUGUUCUUAUCUUGCUCUCUUGUCUUCUCCACAUAUUUAUUCUGGCUGCUUUAUUAUUCUGGCUUCCCAUGGAUCCUCUCUAUUGCAGCUGGCGUCUCGUCUUCUUCACAGAUGCUUCGUGGUACAAAUGCUGUUCCAAUUAAACCUGAUGAAGGGAAGCCUGAUCUUGCUGAAGCUGAUCUGAUCAUCUUCACUGGUGAUUUCAAUUAUCGACUUUUUGGCAUAACUUACGAUGAAGCGAGGGAUUUUGUUUCCCAACGAUGCUUUGAUUGGCUUCGAGAGAAAGAUCAGCUGAGGGCAGAAAUGAAAGCUGGUAAAGUUUUCCAAGGAAUGCGAGAGGCACUCAUCAGAUUUCCUCCAACAUACAAGUUUGAAAAAGGAAAACCAGGUUUAGGAGGCUAUGAUUCGGGUGAGAAGAAACGAAUCCCUGCUUGGUGCGAUAGAGUACUAUAUCGAGAUAAUCGGGGAACUCAAACAGAAGGAUGCAGCGUAGAGUGCCCUGUAGUUGCUUCCAUAGUACAAUACGAGGCUCGCAUGGAUGUGACUGAAAGUGAUCAUAAACCUGUACGCUGCAAGUUAAACGUGGACAUUGCCCAUGUUGACAGAUCAGUGAGGAGACAAGAGUUUGGAAAAAUACUCAAGUCCAAUGGCGAAAUCAGGGCUUGCCUUGAAGCACUAUGCUUCGUGCCAGAAACAACUAUUAAUAUAGACCAAAUAGUGCUCCAGAACCAAGACAAUUACAGUUUGAAGAUCACCAACAAGAGUGGAGAAGACUUGGCCUUUUUCCAAAUCUUGUGUGAAGGUCAGUUCACCAUAAAGGAGGACAAACCAGCCUCUGAUUAUUGCCCCAGAGGUUCACUUGGUUUUCCCCGUUGGCUUGAGGUCACACCUGCAGCUGGCAUGAUAAAACCUGAUGAAGUUGCUGAGAUAUCUGUACGUCACGAAGAGUUCUAUAAACUGGACGAGCGUGUUGAUGGGAUUCCACAAAGCUGGUGGUCCGAAGACACUAGAGAUAAGGAAGUGAUUUUGCUCGUGGUUGUAAAGGGCGGUUGCUCGACCAAAACAAAAACUCAUCGAAUAAGUGUUUGGCAUCGCUUCUCGGGAAGCUCUUGUCGCAUUGAUCAAAAAGGUAAUAAUUCAAGAUGACACCAAAUUAGUUCCAACCAUGGAUCUGCACUUUGACAUGAAAACCGUGCUUCCAAGCAUCAAACACACAUGUUUAACCUACAUAAGUAGAUAGUUUCUUCGUGUAAAUACUCGUGAACUAUCUAUGUCUUGAAGCUUGAUUUGUGACAAAAGGUUUGGUAUAGGCUUCAGAUUUAUGUCAUUUUUUGUAAUUUUUAGUGCUGAUGAACUUUUCCUCUUUCAUUUCUUUCAAUUCUUUGAUUGAAAAGUGAA